AACGCAGGGGGGAAGAACGAUUCUGGUUUUUUUUUUUUUUGGCCUCUAACGAAUUUCAUCAUCCAAAACCCAAGAACCAGACGAAGCCUUUGGUCAAAGAGGCAGCUGAAGAAUUGGGGUCCUUUUUCAGAAUCCAAUAAUGGCGAAUUUGUACGUGAAGGCUGUGCAGCCGCCGGAUCUGAAUCGGAACACCGAGUGGUUCUUGUACCCGGGAGUUUGGACGACGUAUAUACUCAUCCUCUUCUUCUCCUGGCUCCUCGUUCUUUCCAUCUUCGGUUGCUCUGCCGGCAUGGCUUGGACCAUCGUCAAUCUCGCCCACUUUCUUGUUACUUAUCACUUCUUUCACUGGAAGAAAGGAACCCCAUUUGGUGAAGAUCAGGGUAUUUAUAAUGGAUUGACUUGGUGGGAGCAGAUAGACAAUGGAAAGCAGCUUACACGCAACAGAAAGUUUUUAACAGUUGUACCUGUCGUGCUGUACUUGAUAGCCUCACAUACAACAGACUACCAACAUCCUAUGCUCUUUCUCAACACCCUUGCAGUGAUUGUGCUUGUAGUUGCAAAGUUCCCCAACAUGCACAAAGUCCGGAUUUUCGGAAUCAAUGGAGAUACGUGAAUCAGCCUCCUGUUAAGAUCUCAAGAUUAGAUGAUGAUGGUUUUGGCCGGCUCAAAAAGCCACUGAUCCUUCUCAUAUAUGCUCAAUGUUUCAUCUUUGUAUAGAAAUAUAGAAGGAGAUUUGGAAAUGUAUUCUUUUUCCUGCCAGAAUGUGCUGUCUGACUGUAUUUACAAGCGCUUUUUGUUUAUGACAGAAUAAGUGGGUAUCGAGUUGUCUUUGUACAGUGGGGAAAUCGUAUGUAUGCGGAGAAGUAUUAUGCUUUUGUUUGCUGAUUACGUGUUUAAUCUCCAUGCAACUAUCUUAUGAUAUUGAUUGGAAAUUGACUCAAAGCUCCUUUCUCCCCUUUUUUUUCUCCUGCUUGAUAUAUGCAUAUGUAGUCAAGUGAAGCAUGGCUUUGUCAGAGUUUUUUUUCUUUGAAAAUAAAAGCUACCUUCCCCU